AUGUCCUCCGCUCCAUCACUGCUCCUCCUCAAGCCGGAUGUCGUCUCGCAUCCUUUUCUGCUCAGGAUUGUGUUCGAUGAAUUGCUCUCGUCGGGGCUGCGGAUUCUCUCGAUUCGACCGCUUCGUUUGGAUCGAUCCCAGGCCGAGAACCUCUACCAAAUGCACCGAGGACGCUUCUACUAUGGCCGAUUGGUUAGACACAUUUCAAGUGGACCGGUUGUGGCUCUAAAAGUGAUCGGCGAUGCGAGAGCUGUCCUUGGAUCGAGUAAACUCUUCCCGUUGGCUCAUGAAAAAGAUUUAACUCUACGACAGCGUUUUUCUAUUUCGGACGUCAGAAAUGUUGCCCAUAAUUCGGAUCCGGAAAACGCGCAAAAAGAACUCGAAAUGGUUGAGCCGAUGGAAGAAAUGAAAGAUUUCUCCCAAGUUGAACAUUCGCUGCGAGAGUUGUAUCGACGA